UCUCUCCUUCUCUUUCAUUCUUGACUGGAAAACAAUUACAUUAUCCGAUAAAUCAUUGCUCUACAAAACUCAAAAAGAGAUUAGCAGCCACAGAUUUUCCAAAAUGCAUUUCUCAAAACUCGACGAUUCUCCUAUGUUCCGCCAACAGUUACAAGGCUUGGAAGAAAAUACUGAAUCAUUGAGGACAAAAUGUGCUAAGUUUUACAAAGGAUGUCGAAAAUAUACAGAAGGGCUUUCAGAGGGGUAUGACGUGGACGUAGCUUUUGCAAGUUCCUUAGAAAAUUUUGGAGGAGGGCAUUAUGAUCCUCUUUUUGUUGCUAUGGGAGGCCCUGUUAUGACCAAAUUCACACUUGCUUUUAGAGAAAUUGGGACAUACAAGGAAACUCUUCGGUCACAGGUAGACCACAUGCUAAACGAUCGGUUGCUAAACUUUGUCAAUGAUGACCUCCAUGAGGUUAAGGAAGCUCGAAAGCGUUUUGACAAGGCUUCCGUUGCAUAUGAACAGACACGUGAGAGGUUUAUGUCAUUGAGGAAGAGCACUAGGAUGGAUGUUGCUUCUGUCAUAGAGGAGGAAUUUCAUGCUGCUCGGGCUUCAUUUGAGCAAUCCCGCUUCAAUCUGCUCAGUACCCUCUGCAAUGUUGAGGCCAAAAAGAGGUUUGAGUUUUUGGAGGCUGUUAGUGGUAUGAUGGAUGCUCAUCUUCGAUACUUCAAACAGGGAUAUGAACUAUUGCAGCAGAUGGAGCCUUUUAUUCAUCAGGUUUUGGCUUUUUCACAACAGUCGAGAGAAAGAUCCAACUAUGAGCAGGAUUCACUCAGUGAAAGGAUGCAAGAGUACAAAAGGCAGAUUGAUCGAGAAUCUAGGCACUCCUUGAAUGUGUAUCACGUUUCUUCUAAUGGAGAUUAUAAUCAUGGUAUGCAACCUUAUACUAAGACAUCAAAUAAAGUGAUUGAGGCAGCAAUGCAAUCUGCUGCUCAGGGAAAGGUUCAAACCAUUCGACAAGGCUAUCUUUCAAAACGUUCCUCCAACUUGAGGGGUGACUGGAAGAGAAGGUUUUUUGUUCUUGAUAGUCGAGGGAUGCUGUAUUACUAUCGCAAACCAUGGAACUGGUCAUCUUCUGGGAGUCCAACUUCUGCACAGAGGAAUAGUUCCUCUGAAAACAGUUCUGGGAUUCUUAGUCGGUGGCUUUCUUCUCAUUACCAUGGUGGUGUGCAUGAUGAAAAGUCUGUUGCACGUCAUACAGUGAACCUACUAACAUCAACGAUUAAGAUAGAUGCAGAUCAAACAGAUUUAAGGUUCUGCUUCAGGAUUAUUUCACCAUCUAAGAACUACACACUGCAGGCAGAGAAUGCGCUGGACCAAAUGGACUGGAUUGAAAAAAUAACUAGCGUAAUUGCUUCCUUAUUGAGUUCCCAGCCUCCUGAGAAAAGUCUGUGUACUUCACCUUUGGGAAGCGAUUCUUAUGGCUUUACCAGCGAGAGUGAUUCUGAUUGUGAUCAGAGUACAUCGAAGAAAAUCCACUGUAAUAAUCAUUUACGUGAAUCUAGAAGUUUGCAACAAUACAAGUACAGUAUGAGAAAAGAGAAGCCAAUUGAUUUGCUCAGAAGGGUUUGUGGGAAUGACAAAUGUGCUGAUUGUGGUGCGCCUGAACCUGAAUGGGCAUCCUUGAACCUUGGUAUUCUUAUAUGCAUUGAAUGCUCUGGUGUUCAUCGUAAUCUUGGUGUACAUAUAUCAAAGGUAAGAUCAUUGAGGCUUGAUGUAAAAGUUUGGGACCCUCCGGUGCUUAAUUUGUUCAAGUCACUGGGCAAUGUCUAUGCAAACUUGAUCUGGGAGGAAUUAUUGCAAUCAAAAAGUUCUUUAUGUACGUGGGGUUUGAAAUUUGAAUUCCAAAUUUUUUACUUGAUAAUAAGAGACUUUAUUAGUUAAACUAAC